AUGGCAGAGUUGUUUAUGGAAUGUGAAGAAGAGGAGCUAGAACCAUGGCAAAAGAGAGUGAAAGAAGUGGAGGAGGAUGAUGAUGAUGACGAGCCAAUUUUUGUUGGGGAAAUCUCAAGCUCAAAGCCACCUAGUACAUAUAUAUUGAACAGAGUCAACCUCGGCUCAUCACGAAGGGGGAUACAGAAUGGUGCAACCAGUAGAGGUACUGUUACUACRUUCAAGCCUGACAGUCACCAUUAUGCAACACCUGCAUCCAGCCCCAGUGCCAUGCCUGUUUCAUCAGUUUUUCAGGCUGUAUCUAGACCUACAACUAGCUCUGCAGCAGUUCAACCCUUGUCUAGAGCAGUGAACGUCUCAGGAACUUCACAGACAUUGCAGAGGCCAAUUGCUGGAUGUUUAUCAGCGCAGCAGAUGUCCCGGUCAAAUUCUGGAAUAUCGCAAUCUGUCAGCAGACCUGUAACCAUUCCAGUGACAACCCAGCCAGUAUCAAGAAAUAUUGCCAUUCCUGUAGUGGCUCAGCCCAUACCAAGGCCAGUGACUACUGUAGCAGCACAGCCUGGAAUAUUAGAUCAGGAUUAUAUUAUGGAUUCUCCACCAGCUGCACCAGAUAAUACAUCUGGUAUACUGUUUGGUGUGAGACAGAACUCGGGAGUUCCACAGUACGAGACUGGGCCAGCAGUGAAUGUAACAGAUACAAAUAGUGCAACAAGCAACAUUAAAAAUGGAGGACCUUUUCCACGAGCUUGUCCACAGUGCAAUAUUCACUUUAAUCUUAUGGAUCCUUUAAAAAAUCAUAUGAAGUAUUGUUGUCCAGAUAUGAUAAAUAGCUUUUUCCCGAGCGUGGACAAAACUGAAUGCUCAAGCACAACAAGCAAGAUUGCUGAAUCUGAGAAAGGAAAACUGAUUAUGCUAGUUAACGACUUCUAUUACGGGAAACAUGAAGGUGAUAUCCAGCAGGUACAACAGGAGCAGAAGACUCAUACAACAUUCAAGUGCUUCAGUUGCCUGAAAGUUCUUAAAAAUAACAUAAGGUUUAUGAACCACAUGAAACAUCACUUAGAGCUUGAGAAGCAGAGCAGUGAAAGUUGGGAAAGCCACACCACCUGCCAGCACUGUUACCGCCAGUUUCCCACUCCCUUCCAGCUGCAGUGCCACAUUGAAAGCACACACACGCCUUACGAGUCAUCUACUAUUUGUAAAAUCUGUGAACUAUCCUUUGAAACAGAGCAAGUUCUUUUGCAACAUAUGAAGGACAAUCACAAGCCAGGUGAAAUGCCAUAUGUUUGCCAGGUAUGCAACUACCGAUCCUCAGCUUUUUCCGACGUAGAAACACAUUUCCGAACAGUUCAUGAAAAUACAAAACAUUUGCUAUGCCCAUUUUGCCUCAAAGUAAUAAAAAUUGGAGCACCAUAUAUGCAUCAUUACAUGAGGCAUCAGAAAAAAGGAAUAUACCGUUGCACUAAAUGUAGGCUGCAGUUUUUGACAUGCAAGGAAAAAAUGGAUCACAAGACUCAGCAUCAUCGAACGUUUAGAAAACCUAAGCAGUUAGAAGGUUUGCCUCCUGGAACAAAGGUUACCAUUCGUGCGUCUAUUGGAACUCUUCAAUCAGGAUCAUCUGCUACAUCUUCUGUUAGUACGAGCACAUCAACAUUUCAGUUAUCACCUAAAGCUAAAAAUACAAGCAGUAGAAGAUCUAAUGCAAAUAAAUCAAAAGGAAAAUCAAAGCCAUCAACUGUAUCCAAGAGACAAAAUGCAUGGACCAACAAUAGCAGCAAAAAAAAAAAUAAAGUUGCAAAUACAGCAUUACAUAAUCUGAGGUAUCGUUUGGGAUCUCACAAAUGUAUUGAGUGUUUCUCAGAAAUAAAAGAUUUUGCAAGCCACUUCCCUGCUUAUGUCCAUUGUAGCUUAUGCAGAUAUAACACUAGCUGUAGCAAAGCCUAUGUGAAUCACAUGAUGAGUUUUCAUAGUGCUCGUCCAAGUAAAAGAUUUUGGAUCUAUAAGAAGCAUUCAGAAGAGCUAAGAGGUUUGACUGUAGUAUGUCUUAAUUGUGAUUUCCUGACUGAUGUUUCUGGCUUAGAUAACAUGGCCACACAUCUGAGUGAAAACAACACUCAUACUUGCCAAGUUGUUAUAGAAAAAGUUUCUGUAGAGCUCCCAGCUGCUGAACAAGUAUCUGACGAACAAGAACAUGACUCUUCAAAGGAAACAAAAGAACACAACCAACACCAAAUUAACCAAAUUGCAUCAAUUGAAAAGGGUGAAGAAAGUUCACGAAAUACAGAGAACGUUCCCAGUUUGGAACUUGACAGCAAUGACAGCAGCUCUAAGAAUGCCUUGGAUGAGAAAGGCCAAUGUUGUGAUUCAGCUAAUAACAAGCAAUUAGUAGAAGAGAAGCAAAAAUGUAUUCAUGGUGAAAGUGAGUUGAAAACUUGCCAAAGUUCAGACAAUAUUGCCUCGAAUGACCAGACUAAAGUACGUAGUUUGGAUGAAACUUCAUUUUCUGCAUUGAAAGCAAGGGACUUAAAACUAGCAUUGGGUGAAGAUGUUAGUUUUGAGCAGUUCCUGAGGAAAAGAGAUGAACCUGAAUCCGUUAGCUCAGACAUUAGUGAGCAGGGCAGUAUUCAUUUGGAGCCUUUGACUCCAUCAGAGGUACUAGAGCAUGAAGCUACUGAAAUUCUGCAGAAAGGUAAGGUUGCACCUUCAUCAAAGAAAGCUGGACUACUCUCUGAACAAACAGAUGAGACCUCGAAGGAAAGCAGUCCCAGCAGAAUGGAAACAACUGUAACCAAGACAGAUGAAAGUGAAGCAAGCUGAAAUUAUGUUAAUAUUUUGUUCAGUUUAUUAUAGACAAUGCUAAGAACACCAUAGACCAUUCCUCAUGAGAGUGCUCAUUGCUAAUUAUUAAAAAAGACAGAAAAGGGAAAUUUACAUAUGAAAAUAGUGUUUACAUGUAUGUACAACCGAAUAAUUAAACUUAGCUUCCAACCUCUUGAAUGGGGUGUCUUUUACUAAACUGACACUUGAAAGGAGUACUUUUCAAGCUUAACUUGCCUGGAAUUUGGUGAUUUGUUAGUUAAUAACAGACUUAUAAAAAUCUUUCCAUGAAUAGCAUUAAACAGCAAAAUUGAGUAUAAAUUUGGUUCUGACGCUGAAAUUGAGCACACUUGUAACAAUGGUUAUUGGUCUACUGAUAACUUGGAUAAACAUAAAACUUCUUUUGGAUUUGGUGUUACAUUCCUGUCUGUAAAAGCAUGUAAGCAGAAUUAUAUGAACCUGUGCACCUUUGUACAGGUGUAAUCCAGCCAGGCUGUAAGCUUACCUUAAUAAACUUUCAGUGAAAGUGGAAUUAUUACAAGAAAAAGUAUAUAUUUGUGGGGUUUUACGUGUGCAAGCUGUGCAGAAAUACCAGACAUAGUUGUAUAAAAUAGAGCAACCUGCUGAAAGUACUGUAGCUAUUAGACUUUUACCGUUGUUUUAAUUAUUCUUAGUAGUAGACCCAAGGAAAUGGUCUGUAAGUCAAACCAAAGUAUGGUUUAAUGUUUAAAAAAAUAAAUUAAAAAAAAAAAAAAAGGUUUUAAAGAGGAAAAAGAACCCCCAAACUGGAAACACCAACUGGCAUGCACUCUGCCAUUUUGCAGCUGCUACUUGCUAACUGUUACAAAAAUCACACAAGGGCAUAUAAAGUAGAAUUGUACAGUUGCAUUUCAGGACGUUUUGUAUUCUAAAUUAUAUGGAAGAUGGCUGCUGGAUUUUUUAUUUUGUUUUGCCUUUUUUUGCUUUAUAGUUAGCAGCUCGAGAUAGGAAUGCAUAUGAUUAACCAGUAGCUUAUUAUAACUUCGCUGCUCCAUUGGAAACAUUCAGAAUGUGCUUUUGACUUAGUUUUGUUUUUAAUGAAUGUUAACUGUUUUGAACAGCUGUUAAAGCACUGCUGUAAAUUAUCACUUUUUGAGUAAAUAUUUGCAACAAAA